AUGGAAGAGAUACUUGAUUAUCUGGUGCAAAUAUUCAGAGAUCUUGACAGCGACAAUAUACUCUUCAAUGAUCUAGGAGCCCGAAUGGAGCCUGAUGGAAAUACCCAAGCUAAUGUCACUUGGCCAUUUCGGUCUCAAUUCCCUAUUCGAUAUUAUAUCACCGAUUUCGAAUUGGCGGUUUGUUUCGAUAAGGACUCAGAUCCUGCGAGCAGGAAAAUCACCGGAAGAAUGGGAGAGUAUGCUCAAGAAUACGCCCUGGAAAUGCUGGUUGGCGAUCCCUAUUGUCCCUUCAAGGUGGAUGUGUGGUAUUUAGGCCAAAUGCUUAACAACGACAUGAAUACAGAAGUGAAAGGCUUCAUCGAAAAAGAACUAAAGGCUACUCGAGAGGAUGCAUCAUUCGAUGAUGUAUUUGGGACAUACUUCGCCGAGGACGUCUUAGAUAUGGACAAGAUGUAUAUGAGCACUGGCGGAGCGGAAUGGAUACCCAAUAUCCAUAACAGGAUAGCAUAUUCCCUCCUCGUCAUGAUUGCUCAAAUGCAGUCAUCGACACCUGAACAAAGACCAACACUCCAGGAGCUUUUAGAUGAUAUCACGUCUUUGCAACUGAAGCUGCUCCCCUGACUGGUAUUGUCCGAUUACAUUGGUACUCGAAGGAGAGGUGUGGAAUGGGAUAAGUGGUAA